ACUCUUUUUAACAGUUGUGUGCAAGCAUUCAAAGAAAAAAAAAACAGUUGUGUGCACAUCUAUCUGUAAAAGGGGAGGCAAGGCAAACCAAUGGGUUUGGCUUCCCGUUCCACCGUGCUCCUCCUCCUUUCUUGGGUUUCUUUAUGCAUAUCCACUGACCAGCUCUCACCUGCCAAACCACUCAUAUUCCCCGACGGCAAGCUCAUCUCCAACAAUGGCGUCUUCGCUCUGGGCUUCUUCUCCCCAACCAACUCAAGCACACGCUUCUACAUCGGCAUAUGGUACAACAACGACCCCGCGCACCUCACCGUCGUGUGGGUCGCCAACCGUGGCAGCCCAAUCGUCACCCCUUCCUCAGCGACGCUCGCGGUAACGAACCGGUCUGACCUCGUCCUGUCAGACACUCGAGGCCGCAUCUACUGGACUACGACGAACAACAUCACCGCCACCGGCACCGGAGGCACGGCGGCGGCGCUGCUCGACGACAAGGGCAACCUGGUCCUCCGGUCAUCCGAAGGCGCAACCCUGUGGCAGAGCUUCGAUCACCCGACCGACACCAUCCUCCCCGGCAUGCCGGUCUGGGUGAACUACCGGACACGCUUCACGCAGAGCCAGCUGGUUUCUUGGAGAAGCCCCGAGGACCCGUCCGCCGGCGACUUCUCCCUGGGCGCGGACGUCAGCUCGGGCAUCCAGUAUGUCCUCAAGGACGGGCCCCGCUUGCUGUGGCGCAGCGGGGCUUGGAACGGCGAGAUGGUCCUGGAUUACACGCCCAACAAUUCCAGCACCGUCAUAAUCAUGUCCAUCGUCACCAACGGCGACGACAUCUCGCUCAUGUUCAGCGUCUCCGACGGCUCGCCGAGCAUGUACGUCAGGGUGAUCCACACGGGCAGGUACGAGUUCACCGUCUGGAACCGCACCGCGGCGGCGUGGACAGUCCUGGAGGCACACCCUGGUGCUGGAUGCGACCGGUACGCGGCGUGCGGCCCGUUCGGGUACUGCGACGCCACGGAAGCCUCGCCGGCGUGCAAGUGCCCCGACGGGUUCGAGCGCGACGGGACCAGCCCGUCCGGCGGAUGCACGAGGAAAGAGCCGCUCCGGUGCGGCGGCGGAGACUACUUCGCGACCUUGCCGGGCGUGAAGACGCCAGCGAUGCCCGUGUUCGUCAGGAACAGAAGCUUCGACGGCUGCACGGCGGAGUGCCGUGGCAACUGCUCGUGCACGGCCUACGCUUACACCAACCUGAGCACCGCCAUUAGCGGGGGCGACAUGUCCAGGUGCUUGCUGUGGUUCGGCGAGCUUGUCGACAUAGCCAAGGACGUGAACAUCGAUGGAGAGAAUCUAUAUCUCCGUCUUGCCGGCUCAUCAACAGUUCCAAAGAAGAGCAAUUUGGUGAAGAUUUUCCUUCCGAUUACAACAUUCGUUCUGCUGCUCGCAUUUGCAGCCCUUGUCUGGACAUACAAAUACAGAGGCACGCGGCGAAAGAAGAAAGUGCAGAAGAGAUUGAUGUUACAAUACUUGAGGUCUACGGACGAAACUGGGGACAAGAACAUAGAGUUUCCAUUUAUUAGCUUCGAUGAUAUUGUUGCGGCAACAGACAACUUCUCUGAUGCCAAUAUGCUUGGGAAGGGAGGUUUUGGCAAAGUUUACAAGGGACUGUUGGCAGGCACCAAUGAAGUAGCCGUCAAGAGACUUAGCAAGAGUUCUGGGCAAGGCACCGAGGAAUUUAGAAACGAAGUAGUCUUGAUUGCAAAAUUGCAGCACAAGAACCUAGUUAGGCUUCUCGGUUGUUGUAUUCAUCAAGAUGAGAAGCUAUUAGUCUAUGAAUACUUGCCCAACAAAAGCUUGGAUUACUUCCUCUUUGACUCUGAAAGAAACCUAAUGCUUCAAUGGCCGACAAGGUUCAAGAUAAUCAAGGGAGUAGCACGAGGAAUGAUGUAUCUCCAUCAUGACUCCAGAUUAACUAUAAUCCACAGAGAUCUCAAAGCAAGCAACAUUUUGUUAGAUAAAGAGAUGAUCCCAAAGAUAUCAGAUUUCGGCAUGGCUAGGAUAUUCGGUGGCGACCUGCAUGAAGCAAAUACAAACCGGGUUGUUGGAACAUAUGGCUAUAUGUCCCCUGAAUAUGCAAUGGAGGGAGCAUUUUCAGUCAAGUCAGACACCUACAGCUUUGGUGUUCUGCUAUUGGAGAUUGUGAGUGGAUUAAAGAUCAGCUCUCCAAACCUUAUCAUCGGUUUUCCUAACCUUAUAGUCUAUGCAUGGAACCUAUGGAAAGAUAGCAAUAUAGAAAAUUUGGUGGACUCAUCUGUUAAGGAGGAUUAUCGCCUCGAUGAAGUUUCACGAUGCAUCCAUAUAGGACUUCUGUGCGUUCAAGACAGUCCAAACUGUAGGCCACUCAUGUCAGCAGUUGUAUUCAUGCUCGAGAACAAAACCACGCCACUUCCAACACCAAUGCAGCCUGUGUAUUUUUCCUGUAGGGACGCUGACCCUGGAAGAGCUGGCAACAGUAGGGUAUUGUCCAUGAAUGACAUGAGCCUCACAGCACUAGAAGGCCGUUAAAUUUUGAACGCCAACGUGUAGUCCAUCUGAAUUUGGUAAAUUUGCAACAGUGUAGAGUCUUAGCUUAACUGUAUAAUGUAUAUAUAUAUGUGAAUUCCAGGAUAGGUGAUUGUUCUACUAGUGUUUGAGGAAGAUGUUGAAUCAUAUUUAUAUUGCCAUAUUGCUAAGAGAAAAAUGGAUGAAAAGUCAUUAUACC